UGCGCUAUGGCUAGCAAAAGAAAACGAUUAACUUUAAAAGAAAAAAUAGACAUUCUGGAAUUUCGAACAUCAAAUACAAUGGGCGUUCGUGCAUUAGCAGACAAAUUUAGUGUUAGUAAAACACAAAUUGCUGAUAUUAUAGCAAAUAAAGACGCUCUUUACAAAAUUUGGGCUGAAAAUGGAGAAGAGAAACGGAAAUGGACAAAGCUACAAAAAACAGAAACCUCUAUAAUCGACAAUGAAGUAUUAAACUGGUUUUCAAAAUUACAAGAAAAAAAUCUUCCUGUUUCAGGACCGAUGCUUCAAGAAAAAAGUAAGCAAAUCGCUGAAAUGCACGGAUUUGAUCUUAAAGGCUCUAAUGGCUGGCUUGAAAAAUUUCGGAAAAGAAAUAAUAUUUCUUUUAAAUCAGUUUGUGGUGAAGCAGCAAGUGUUGAUGAAGAGGCCGUCAAUAACUGGAAAGCAAAAAUACCCGAAAUUAUAGCAAAUUACGCAGAAUGCGAUAUUUUUAAUGCAGAUGAAACGGGAUUGUUUUAUAGAGUUCUACCUGAUAAAACCAUGGCGUUUAAAAAUGAGAUAUGUACCGGAGGAAAAAUUUCAAAAGAACGUUUAACUGUACUUUUGUGUUCUAACAUGUUGGGUGAGUUUGAACGGCCAGUCGUCAUAGGCAAAGCUAAACGUCCACGAGCCUUCAAAAAAUUGGAUAUUAACAACUUUCCCGUCGAUUGGUAUUGGAACAAAAAAGCCUGGAUGACGACUGAAAUAAUGACUGAGUGGCUUAUGAAAUUUGAUAACAGAAUGGGUCAAAAUAAAAGAAAAGUUUUACUCUUUUUAGACAACGCGGCUCCUCAUCCACAUUUGAAAAUGAAAAAUAUUGAACUUGUGUUUUUUCCACCUAACAUGACAUCUCAUUGUCAACCGCUUGACCAAGGAGUAAUCCAUCAGUUUAAGAAAUUAUAUCGUACGCAGUUGUUACGUAAAGCUGUUGCCGAUUUGGAUGCCAAUUCAAGUCAACCUAUCAACGUGUUGGAUGCAAUUUACUGGGUGUCUUCAUCUUCAAAAAACAUUCAACCCGAAACAGUGAAGAAAUGCUUUUUGCGGUCCGGCUUUAGGCACCGUAAUAACAAUGUUACAGACGUUGAUGAUCUACUUACACCAAUAGAAGAACUUGGCAAUCUUAUUAAAGUGAUUGACAAUACAAUUACGGAAAAUGACUACAUAACACUAGACGAUUGCGUAGAGACUUACGACGCCGAUAUCGAAAAUUCAUCUGAUACUACGAGCAUGUCUACACAAAAUGAAGAAGAAAGUGAUGAAGAAAAUGAUGGGUCCGAAGAUCAAGAAAUUCCAAAAAUAGGAAGUCCACGGGAGGCAUUGCUAGCAGUAAAAGACAUACGUAAAUAUAUUUCUUCUAUCGAGGUGCAGAAUAGUUCAUUGUUCUCAAACACAGUCCAAUUAGAAAAUGCCUUAACAUACGAAAUAACUACGCCUGCAAUUAGUAAACAAACUAAAGUAACAGAUUUUUUUCAGAAAUGUUAG